UGCUAGGUAUUAACGUGUCAUAACAUUUGAUAUUCUUAACCAAAUAAAAUGUAUAGUCAUAUCUCUUUAAUUUGUGGGAUCAUUAACCAAUACCAUGCCUCUUAACUUUUUCGGUUCCUCGACUCCCUCGUGCUCGUAUAGAGUCCCGUAAGUCAUAAAACCGGUUAAGCUGUUGAUAUCUCCGGUCAGUAAUUUCAGGAAACGGUUCGUCUUUAUCUGGAUUAAAAAAUACUAGCAUUUAGAAGAAAAAAAGUAUAUUCGUUAAAAAAAAAAGAUUUGGAAAGAAAGUAUAAAGAGCGGGAAAUAAAUCCCAAAGAUAUCGCGAAAUCGUGCUGAUUUGACCAAAAUUAAACCAAAACUUUACUCUCUGAGAAAACCAUUCAGUUUCCCCAAAAAAAAAAAAAAAAAAAAUCCACCUUAAAUCCCGUGUCUCGGGUUUUCUUUCGUUACUGAUUGGGGGCUCCGAGAGUUGCGCCGAGGACGAUUGAGAAUUUUGAUUUUCUAAAUGGAUUCUGUGGAGGAGAACGGACGCGGUGGUCUCCGUAGGCAGCGGAGGGUUUCUACGAAGCUAGCGAAUUACGUAGAUCCUCCGACUGACGACGAAGAAGAUGGAGGAUCUAACAAGCGAAAGGGCAAAAGGGGUGUAUAUGGGCCUCGGAAAAAGACACCGAAGGAAGACGAGGAGAAGCAAAAGAACGAAAUUGAUGAAGCAAACGGAGUCGCUGGUCUGGUGAAGGAAAAGAGAGCCGCUACUAAGAUUGUGAAAGGCAAAGACCUCAUUACUGAAGCUUCUGGAAGCAAGCCCAUGCUAGCAAAGGGAAAAAGGACUAAGAAGGAGGAUGAAAUCGAUGGUGAGAUUCCAACUAAGCCGGGCAAGAAGCCCAAGACUACAGUGGACGAGAGAAUCAUUGGUUACAGACCGGACAAUAUGUGCCACCAAUGUCAAAAGAGCGAUAGGAUUGUUGAACGGUGUCAGACCUGCAAUAGCAAGCGUUAUUGUCACCCUUGCUUAGACACUUGGUAUCCACUUAUAGCAAAAGAAGAUGUUGCCAAGAAAUGCAUGUUCUGCUCUAGUAUUUGCAAUUGCAGAGCAUGCUUGCGUCUAGAUACUAAAUUGAAAGGGAUAAAUUCGAAGCUCAUCCUCAAUGAGGAAGAAAAGGUUCAAUCCUCUAAGUUUAUUCUGCGGAGUCUUCUCCCACAUCUAAAAGGAAUAAAUGAUGAACAAGUCGCAGAGAAGGAAGUUGAGGCCAAAAUAUCAGGACUGAAGUUUGAAGAGGUUAGACCGCAAGACGCUAAAGCUUUCCCCGAUGAAAGACUAUACUGUGAUAUCUGCAAGACUUCUAUCUAUGAUCUCCAUAGGAAUUGCAAGGCCUGUAAUUGUGAUAUCUGCCUUAGCUGUUGCCUUGAGAUCCGCAAUGGAAAGGCUCUGGCAUGUAAGGAGGAUGUGUCUUGGAAUUAUAUUAACCGAGGUUUAGAGUAUGAACAUGGAGAAGAAGGAGAAGUUAUUGAAAAGGCGGGGAAUAAGCUAGAUGAUAAGCUGAAAGAUAAGCCGAAAGAUAAGCCGGAUGAUGAGCUGGAUGAUAAGCCGAAGGGUAAGCCAAAGGGUAAACCGAAAGGUAGGCCGGAUGAUAAGCCGAAGGGUAAGCCAAAGGGUAAACUGAAGGGUAAGCAGGAUGAUAAACCGGAUGAUAAGCCGAAGGUUAAGCCGAUUAAUACAGACCAUAUGAAGUACCCUUCUAUGUGGAAAGCAAAUGAAUCUGGGAUCAUUACUUGUUAUUGUGGUGCUGGGGAGUUAGUGUUGAAACGACUACUUCCGGAUGGUUGGAUAUCUGAGUUGGUCAACAGAGUAGAAAAAACUGCUGAAGCUAGCGAUCUUUUGAAUUUACCUGAAACGGUUUUGGAGCAAUGCCCUUGUUCUAACUAUGACAGUCAUAUUGACAUAGACAGCUCUAAUUUGUUGAAAGCUGCUUGUCGAGAAGGUUCAGAAGACAAUUAUCUAUACUCUCCAAGUGUAUGGGAUGUUCAACAAGAUGAUUUGAAGCAUUUUCAGCACCAUUGGGUAAAAGGCGAGCCUGUGAUUGUGAGAAAUGUGCUUGAAGCUACAUCUGGUUUAAGCUGGGAACCAAUGGUAAUGUUUCGUGCCUGCCGCCAGAUAAGCCAUGUCCAGCAUGAAACACUUACGGAUGUUGAUGCUGUUGAUUGUUUGGACUUCUGUCAGGUAAAAGUUACUCUUCAUGAAUUUUUUACUGGAUACACGGAUGGCCGAUAUGAUCGUAUGGGUUGGCCACUAGUUCUGAAACUGAAAGAUUGGCCUCCAGCUAAAGUCUUCAAAGAUAGCUUGCCACGUCAUGCUGAGGAGUUCUUAUGUAGUUUGCCUUUGAAGCAUUACACUCACCCGGUUAAUGGACCUUUGAAUCUUGCUGUCAAGCUUCCCCAAAACUGCUUGAAGCCAGACAUGGGACCAAAGACGUACGUUGCUUCUGGAUUUGCUCAAGAAUUUGGCCGUGGAGAUUCUGUUACUAAGCUCCAUUGCGACAUGUCUGAUGCGGUGAAUAUUUUGACGCACAUAUCUGAAGUGCCCAUUAACGACAAGAUGCAAGAUGGAAUGGGGAAACUGAAAAAGAAGCAUGCCGAACAAGAUCUCAAGGAGCUGUAUAGCUCAGUAGCUAACCAGGAGGAAAUGAUGGAGAUUCUUGAAAAUUCCAGACAACAAGUCCAAAAUGUUGAAACUGAUGAUGGAGCUCUUUGGGACAUUUUCCGUAGAGAAGAUAUUCCUAAAUUAGAAAGUUACAUUGAGAAACAUCACAAGGAGUUCAGACAUCUCUACUGCUGUCCUGUGUCUCAGAUUGCUCAUCCUAUACAUGACCAGAAUUUCUAUCUGACGCGGUAUCAUAUAAUGAAGCUGAAAGAAGAAUAUGGCAUUGAACCUUGGACCUUUAAUCAGAAGCUUGGGGAUGCUGUUUUAAUACCUGUAGGUUGCCCUCAUCAAGUUAGAAAUUUGAAGUCCUGCACAAAGGUAGCUUGUGACUUUGUCUCACCUGAAAAUGUCAGCGAGUGUUUACACUUGACAAAACAGUAUCGUCUACUUCCACCAAAUCAUUUUGCAAAAGAAGACAAGUUAGCGGUUAAGAAGAUGAUAAUCCAUGCAGUUGAUAAAGCUCUCAGAGACUUAAGUGGAGAGAAGUCUCCAGAACCCAAAGAGAAGAAGAGAAGUACGAAUUCAAGGAAGACAACAGCCAGGACAGUUGUUAAGGCUCUCAAAGAAUUACCUCCAAGUGAAAAGAAGUCUUCGGAAGCAGCUGAAGAGGAGAUAUCAAAUGGGAUAGUCAAUGCAAUCGAUAAGGCUCCCAAGGACUUCCCUCCAAGUGAACAGAAGUCUUCCGAAGCCGAAGAGGAGAUAUCAAAUGGGAUAGUCAAUGCAAUGGAUAAGGCUCUCGAAAACAUAUCUUCAAGCGAAAAGAAGUCUCCGGAAGAGGAAGGGGUGAAAAGACCUAAGAUUGUGAGGACAUAUGAGCGCAGAAAAAAGCAGAGAAGUGAGAAGACCAACGCGGACAUUGGCAGAUUAGAAAUGGAGAAGAUGUAGUAGUAGUUUUUGUUGCAUCUCAACUUUUCAUCAUCUUUUAAACUAUUUUGCAUUAAGGAAUCUCGAAGUUAAACAUAUUACUAAGAGAUCGACUAAGAAUAUACUUAGUCCUUAGUUAUAUCUAUUUUUGGCAUCUUUAGUU